CUAGAUAAAUGUAAAUAAUUGAUCUGAGUUUUGACGGGAAGCACCACAAAAGUUUAAUUUUGCGUGUUGACCGUGUUGACGGUGUUGAUUAAGUUUAGUUGUUAAAAUCUGAAUAAAAUUUUGUUCGAUUUCAUAAUCGAAAAACGUAAAUUCACUUACAAAUGGACGAGGAUAUUGAUCUCAAAGCUGAAUGUGUGUGUGGCAGUACACAUUUCAUGCAAGAGGAUGGCAAAACAUUCUGCCUGGAGUGCCAGACUGAGUUGGAGUCGGCCAAAGAAAUCGUCUAUGAUACGGUCGAUUUUGGUCUUGAAACUGGGGAUCUAACUCAGAGAAGUAGAGUCCUGACCACAACGGUGAAAAAACAGGCUGUCCAGGCAGUCGAAUUGCCAACGUCAUGGGAAUGUUUCAAUCAAAUAUUGUGCGACCUAGUCGAUGAAAUUGAAGAGAUUGAGGAGAACCUGUUCGGCACAAUAAACCGAGAUUUCAAAUUGACCGUACUUCAGUUGUGGGCGGCUUAUCUUCGAUAUCACAACAAAGCAUUCUUCUCCAAGGAAUCGGCUGAUUAUCCGCGAUUCAAUUCGAACUACAAUAUGUUGGACGCCGAAAUUAUCUACAAAAUAAAGAGGCCACGAAAGAUAUAUCCGAAGAAAAAGCGGAAGACACUGACAACAAAUGCCAGAGCUCGAAAACGAAACAUCCGGACGAUUCAGAAAAGGGCAAACCAAUUGGAACUGAGCAGAAAAAAUCCAACCGUUGCCGUCGAGCCAGUUACGUCAAGCAUUCCGUUCCAAUUUACAUCGAAAGCGAAAGAACGUUUAAAAAAGUUGAUGUCCGAUGAACAUCUGCAAGAGCACGAAACGAAUCCGACUCUGAAGUGUCACAAUGUACGGUACCGAGAUACAAAGAAGAAAACGGAAGAAAUCACCCGGACCAAAUUGUACGUACUGAUAUUCAUGGGGCUGAAUCACGUCAAGAGUGACAUUCAACUCGGCGAUUUGGUUCGCUUUCUGCGUGAAGGUCACCUCAGUCUACAAAUCGCGUCGUCGAUAUCUACCGAUGCCCGCUACAAUUUGGAAUUCCACAAUCGCAUCCAAAGAGGAUGUACCAAUGUGCCGUUGCACGCGUCGUUACGAGCAACAGCCUUCGAUUUGGCGGAAGAAAUCGGCUUCCAAUUCAAAGCGAUCGAUUUGAGUAGACUGUGUCAUCGGUAUGUGCAAGAGCUGUGUUUGCCACCGUUCAUUGCCAAUUUAAUCGAUGUUAUUCUGGACGCUCGUCCGCCGACGAUGGGCGAGGGUAGGAAUGUAAAAAAUUACGAAGGCCGAGCCAUGGCUUUCAUUUUAUUUGUCCUGAAACUGUUGUUCGGAUUGGACGACAGUCGAGAAUAUUUGAUUUCAUCAUCCGGCCGUGAGCUCAACAAGAGAAUCGGGGCAUUGAACAUGAGUUGUGAUGUGGACGCCGUUCAUCAGAGGCCGCUUUUCAUUUGGUGUGACUGGGUGGACUACAUUGAAAUGCGGAAUAUCAUUCUGACGCAGCUACAUUGUCCGACGGCAAUGAAAUCGUAUGCCCAUGGUGACGGUAUGACUACGAUGUAUCUGGAAUAUUUAACGAAAACCGAUGAACGGACUGCGGAUGCCAAAAGUACCUUCAAACCUUACGCUAAGCUGUUGCAACGGGUCAGAGAUCAGUUUCAGGCGACCUACAACGUUGAUCCGAAGUGGAAAGAAAAGCUGACAUUUUGUCCAUCGAUAACACCGAAGCGCAGCUACAUGGAGGAGGUGCGUUACAGCGACCAAUGCGACGUCAUUAUUCCAGCAUUUAUGGACGCAGCUCACGAUGAAGGAGACAUCGAACCGUUUCUGAAUCCAUCGAAACUGCAAUCAUUUUUCCGGACACACCACAUCAAACUGGAUGUGAAUAAAUUGAAAUGUAAUGCCGACAUAGAUGCGCCGGAUCAGAGAUUGGCUGAUCUCGAUCUCCAAGAUCAUCGAUUCGGAACGUACUGCUGCUACGACUUCGACAUUACCACCGAGAAAUGGUUCAAAGCAAUGAACGACCGAAAAGAAAGCGAAGCGAAUUCAAUGCCAAAGGACGAGGCAAAAGCAACAGUCGAAAUGAGACUAGAGUCAAUUGAUGCAUAUCAUCGCAGUACUAAGGAAAAGAAAACGGCGCAUCUCCGGAACGAUGCGCUAGACGAGGCGAACGAAACAUCUAUGGACUCCGCACAGACCAAAAGCAGUUUCAGUGCCGACGACGAUAUAAAUGAUGAUGUUCAAUGGAAAGAGACAUUGACCUUUUCCAUAUCCAAUUCCGAUCACUGGCUGCAAUUCAAUUCAAUACACGCGAACAAAAAGGAAUUCACCGACUUUCGAAAAACGUUCUCCAAAACGUUCCAAUGGCUGUUGAAACAGGGCGCUGAGUUGAUCGAAAAUCAGGAAUGUGAUCUGUAUUUUGAGCUGAUGGUUAUUGAGUAUUACUUCGCCAAAGACGUCAAACCGUCGAAUGAUUUGUCCAGAAAUUUGCUGAAGCACUUCAAAACAAUAUGUAAGAGCACGGUGUGUAACAACUACUGACUGAUUAAUCUAUAUAUAGUGACGUUUUGCCGACCUAUUACGCUUGUUUUUAACUUAAAUUUUGUUGUUUUUUGAAAUUGUUAAAAUAAAAGAUUUUUGUAAAAAG